AUGAGGACUGUUUCGGAAUUGCUUCGGAAUGACCCGAAAUCUGGGCUUCCUCUCGCCACAGCAAAUGCUUUGCAGUCAGCCCUGCUUGCCAGCAACGGCGCCUUGAUCGCCGGCACUGCCUUGUCGGGCGGCAUGGGUGUUUGGUCCGAGGCGGUCAAUGGUCAGCGAGGACUGGACAACGGUAGUAGCCUUCGAGGUCGCAAGGAAGCUCGCAUCAGGAGACCUAUGAACGCCUUCAUGGUGUGGGCUAAGGAUGAGCGAAAGAGACUGGCCGAUCAGAAUCCUGAUCUACACAAUGCAGAUCUUAGCAAGUUACUUGGUAAGUAA